GUAGUAGUGUUGGUGUAGUAGUGUUGAUGUAAUCGUGGUAGUGUUGAGAGCUCUGCUGCUGCUGCUGUGUGAAGGCGACUCUGUGGCUCGGCUCUCUCCUCCACUCUCCGUAAGCUCCAGCUACCGCCGCUGUCCAGCACGUCAGCUAUGCUGCUGCUGCUGCUCCUCCGGCUACUCCCUCUGCUGCUGCUGCUGCUGGUACCGCCGUGUACCGCCGGGGACGACGACUGUCCCGUGCACUGCGACUGCAACCUGACGGUCAUCGACUGCGAGGGGAGGCUCGGCCAGGGUCGGGGCCUGGCCACGGUGACGAACGGCAACGCCACGACCCUGAAGCUGCGCAAAAACCCGGGCCUCGGCGUCAUCCCCAGCGGCGCCUUCGACUUCAUCGAGAAGCUCCGGCAGGUGGAGCUGGACGCGCACGGCUGGGACUGCGGCUGUGACGUCGACUACCUCCGGGGAUGGCUUCUCAUGCAGCCAAACAGGAUGGACUACCGCCACGUGACCUGCUCCACACCUCCUCACCUGGAGGGCCGCAUCGUCAUGUACCUGGGUCCCGACGAGGUGGCGGCCGACUGUCGCCGCACUUGUGACCUGACGGUCACCUCGCAGGGCCUCGCCUACGCCACGCUGCUGCUGCACGGCGCGCUCGUCUGCUUCCUCGCCUCCGUCGUGCGCCGGGUCAAGGCGCGGAACGACGGACGCCGCUGGGAGGGCAGCGACGCCGGCGGCGGAGGCGGCGGAGGCGGUGGAGGAGGCGGCGGAGGCGGUGGAGGCGGUCCGGCCGGAGGAGAGAACCCCUACGCGCCGGUCAAGGACGAUCGCGACCACACCUACGACCACCUUGAGCCUGAGCAGCAGGCCAAGCCCAAGCAGCGGGCCGUGGCUAAGCAAUAGGGGGGGAGGGGGGGAGUGACUGGAGGUGACUGGAGGUGACUGGAGGUGACUGUAGGUGACUGGAGACCCAUAGAGACCCAUAGAGACCCAUAGAGACCCACACCUACGACCACCUUGAGCCUGAGCAGCAGGCCAAGCCCAAGCAGCGGGCCGUGGCUAAGCAAUAGGGGGGGAGGGGGGGAGUGACUGGAGGUGACUGGAGGUGACUGGAGGUGACUGUAGGUGACUGGAGACCCAUAGAGACCCAUAGAGACCCACACCUACGACCACCUUGAGCCUGAGCAGCAGGCCAAGCCGAAGCAGAGGGCCGUGGCUAAGCAAUAGGGGGGGUGACUGGAGGUGACUGGAGGUGACUGGAGGUGACUGGAGGUGACUGUAGGUGACUGGAGACCCAUAGAGACCCAUAGAGACCCACACCUACGACCACCUUGAGCCUGAGCAGCAGGCCAAGCCGAAGCAGCGGGCCGUGGCUAAGCAAUAGGGGGGGAGGGGGGAGUGACUGGAGGUGACUGGAGGUGACUGGAGGUGACUGUAGGUGACUGGAGACCCAUAGAGACCCAUAGAGACCCACACCUACGACCACCUUGAGCCUGAGCAGCAGGCCAAGCCGAAGCAGAGGGCCGUGGCUAAGCAAUAGGGGGGGUGACUGGAGGUGACUGGAGGUGACUGGAGGUGACUGGAGGUGACUGUAGGUGACUGGAGACCCAUAGAGACCCAUAGAGACCCACACCUACGACCACCUUGAGCCUGAGCAGCAGGCCAAGCCGAAGCAGCGGGCCGUGGCUAAGCAAUAGGGGGGGAGGGGGGAGUGACUGGAAGUGACUGGAGGUGACUGGAGGUGUCUAGAGAUGCCUAGAGAUGACGAGAUGACUAGAGAUACCUAGAGAUGACUAGAGGUGCCUAGAGAUGACUGGAGAUGCCUAGAGAUACUUAGAGAUGCCUAGAGAUGCCUGGAGAUGACCGGAGAUUACUAGAGAUGCCUAGAGAUGACCAGAGAUGCCUGGAGAUGACUAGAGACACCUAGAGAUGCCUAGAGAUGACCAGAGAUGACUAGAGAUGACUAGAGAUGACUGGAGAUGCCUAGAGAUGCCUAGAGAUGACUAGAGAUGACUAGAGAUGCCUAGAGAUGACUAGAGAUGACUAGAGAUGCCUAGAGAUGACUAGAGAUGACUAGAGAUGUUGGGGAUUA